AUGAUUUCUGAACAUCGUGGAAUGCAUGUCGAGCAGAGGAAGUCCUUCAAUGAGCAGAGGGUAUUGAAGAAGAAAGUCGACUACUUGACUAAGUUACUAGAAGAUCUUAGAGAAACUAUUAUCAACGAUCAGGCAAUAAAUGCAUCAGCUCGCAUCGAACUGCGUCAGGACUUGUCAGACAUUCAGGUUGGCCAUAUUAUGAGUCUUAUUUCCCGCAGUGAUCUUCUUGACCCAAUAAAAAGCCUCCAAACGGCACUUUUCAUGCGAAAUCGUCGCCGCGAAAGAGACAAAAAUAAAGGGAUCUUCGUUCUUGAAUAG